GAUAAGAGAGAGAAUGAAUAAGAGGAAUAAGGAACACCGAAAGGGUAAAUUGGUCAAUUUUCCUUCAUCACCAACGUUCAUCCUCCUCUACCACGUUCGCUCCGAUCACAUAAUUUAAAAUUUCAAUUUACAUUUCUUCGCCCUUCUGAUCUGAAAGCCCCAUUAUAUCUAACCCUUGAUUUUGUACCCCAACAAUUCUCGGAAUGAAACGUCAGUUACCACCAUGGAUGAUGCCAAAAGUUGCUGCUGCAAGCCAUGUAAGUAACUCUGGCAAUCUUGUUGAAGCUAAUUGUUCUACAGAAAAUGGUGACGUUAGUGCGGUCACUGCGGGGAAAAUUGAUCAUAAGAAGGUAGCGUCGAGGAGGAAGUUAAAUUCCAAAGCAAAAUGUGAGGCUAAGGGAGAAAUAGAUUUAGAUGAACGGAAUGAAAGUGGCGAUAAUGUUAAUGAAAAGAAGAAGAAGAAGCAAAAAAGCAAUGUAUCUAGGGAUAGUGGUGAUAGACGUUCUACUAAGAAACGCAGAAAUUUAGAAAAUGUCAGCCGUGGUGGUAGUGAUUGUGAUCAUGAAUGUCAAGUUAAAGCGUCUAGUGACGAUGACGUGGAGUUGACAGUUGAAGAUUUGAUGGCCAUUGCAGAACAGUAUGUCAAAGAUUACAAGGACAAGGAGACGUGGGAAACGGUAGAUAACUUGUGCGAGCCAAAACGGCGAUUUCCGGCCACAACGGAAGCCGAAACUACUCUUGAUUCUUCGCGUGAGAACAAAAAAUCAUCUAGUUUGGAAAGGGACGUUUUAGAUACUUUUGCUUCAACAGCUGGCAGGGUAAUUCCUACAGGCUCAUCUCAAAUAGAUCAUCCUGCUCAAAACAUGCUGGACGUGUUCUUGGGUCCAUUGUUGAGAACAACCUUGGAGAAGGAGGAGAACUGGAGAAGAGAAAAUCUGUCUUAGAUAGUUUAGAGAUUGCCCAUGAGUUCACUAGGCAAAGUCAAAAUGAACAUGUUGGGGAAAUGAUCCCCUUGAUGAAGAAAUGAAACACAUUGAAAGACUGGGUGGCUAUUUUCUUGAGUGAGAUAUGUAGAUUCAAGAAACACAUACAUGCCAUGGCAAGGCAAUGAAUUAGUUAUUGCAUGACAUUUAAUGGUAGCUGCAUUUGAAGGAACUAAUGUAGAUGGUUGCAUUCUUCACUCUAGUUGAUCAAAAUUCGUCUACAAUAUAGCUAUAGUUGAUUUGUUCAGUUAGUUGUAGAUUGAAUUCGACGCACUAAAAUUGGAUGUCAAUCACCCCAUUACCAGAGGAGUAGCAAAGGCUUGAGAAAUCUCAUCUUUUGAUGCUAGCUCAGUGGUUAGAGCUUCUUAGUUUUGUAACCUCAAGGUACUGAGCUCGAAUCCCAUUGGGAACAGAUGUAAAAUGGUCAUUAAUGACACUCUAAUUAAUAAAGAAUUCCCCCUUUCCCA